AUGGUCAGUCGUAGUCGUGGUCGUGGUCGUGGACGCGGACGCGGACAAAGAUGUGAAUGUGGUCGUGGACAUGGACAUGGACGUGGCCAUGGCCGUGGUCUUGGUGUUGGUCCUGGUCGAGGUCGGGGUCGGGGUCGGGGUCGUGGUCGUGGUCGGGAUCGUAAUGAGUACUCAUCAAGUAAUCGAACAUUGCAAGACUCAUCACCCAUUGUCACUCGAUUUUUCAAAAUCUUAUAUGACAUGGAGGAGGACUUUUCAGAACAUCUGUACUUGCCUCCUGCUUUUGCUGCAACAGUAGGGAACUUGCUUGAACAAGAAACUUAUCUAGAAGAUUCAAGUGGGAAACGGUGGACUGUGACAUUAUCCAAUGCCAUUGAUUCUCUCGCAUUCAAGAAGGGAUGGAAGGAGUUUUUCUUAUCUCAUGGCCUUAAAACUGGACAAGUUCUGGAAUUUCAUUACAUAAUGGGAUCCCACUUUGUUGUCCAUAUAUUCGGAACAUGUGGAAAUGAAAUAACGCAAUUUGACAGCAGAGAGAUUAUAUAUACGGUUGACAAAGAAAUAGCUGCCCAAGAUGAACCACAUCAGACGUUUGAUGUGAACUUAAUCAAUAAACCCAUUUCAAGCGGUGGCAACACAGUUUUAGAUGCAGAAAUACAGUCAUCUGCACAGAAAAAUUCUGGUGAGAAGUUUAUAGCCGCAGUUAAAGACACAGAGCACUAG